GACCGGAAGUGGGGGGUGAGGGCCGCCGGGAACCGUAGUUCUCCCAGAGGUGGAAGUGGUCUGGCGGCCGAGCGGCAUGGCGGGGCUGGAGCUCCUGUCGGACCAGGGCUACCGGGUGGACGGGCGGCGCGCCGGAGAGCUGCGCAAGAUCCAGGCGCGGAUGGGCGUGUUCGCGCAGGCCGACGGCUCGGCCUACAUCGAGCAAGGCAACACCAAGGCGCUAGCGGUGGUCUACGGGCCGCACGAGAUACGGGGCUCCAGAGCACGAGCACUGCCAGACAGGGCCCUGGUGAACUGUCAGUACAGUUCUGCAACCUUCAGCACAGGUGAGCGCAAGCGGCGGCCACAUGGGGACCGGAAGUCUUGUGAGAUGGGCCUGCAGCUGCGUCAGACCUUUGAGGCAGCCAUCCUGACGCAACUGCACCCUCGCUCCCAAAUUGACAUCUAUGUGCAGGUGCUCCAGGCAGAUGGUGGGACCUAUGCAGCUUGCGUGAACGCAGCCACACUGGCAGUGCUGGACGCUGGGGUGCCCAUGCGGGACUUUGUGUGUGCCUGCUCAGCGGGCUUUGUGGACGGCACAGCCCUGGCAGACCUCAGCCACGUGGAAGAAGCAGCUGGUGGCCCCCAGCUGGCCCUGGCCCUGCUGCCCGCCUCAGGCCAGAUCGCACUGCUGGAGAUGGAUGCCAGGUUGCAUGAAGACCACCUGGAGCAGGUGCUGGAGGCCGCGGCGCGGGCUGCCCGCGAUGUGCACGCCCUGCUGGACCGUGUGGUCCGGCAACAUGUGCGCGAGGCCUCUGUCUUGCUGGGGGACUGAUCAUCGACCCCUGUGCCCAGAAUAAAACGCACACAGUCCACUGUA